AUGCCGCUGAUGCUGCCACCACCGCCCUCGCCCAAGCCGCCCUCCCCGCCACCGCCCUCGCCCCGCCCGCCCAGCCCCUGCCUGGGCCACAACGUGCCGUGCAGCGCCUGGUUCUGCUGCGCCGCCUACACCUGCGCCAACACCACCACCAACUCCACCGCCUGCGCCACCAAGCCGCAGCCUCCCUCAUCUGUCUACCUGAGCCCCGCGGGCCGCUCGGUGCUGGUCUACCUGUCGCUGCCGCCAGACACGGGCGGCAUCAACAUCCCCAUCACCAGCUACCGCAUCCUGGGCAGGGCUGCCGCCUCGGACGCCCCCAAGAUCAGGAAGGAGGAGCUGGGCACCGCCACCGCAGACCCAAAUGUGACGUAUGUUGAGAUCGAGGCUGAUGAGUACAGCUGUGGGGAGGACUACGAGUUCACGGUGUGGGCCUCAAACGAGGUGGGCGAGUCUGAGGAGCCUCACGGCGAGAGCAUCACCCCCUGCCUCACCCAGGGCACGCCCUGCGCCUCUUACUUCUGCUGCGCAAGCCUGGCCUGCAUCAACAACACGGCCGGCGCCGCCGUGUGCGCUGGGGUGCCUGGCAAGCCCACCAGCCUGUUCCUGUCCAUGGAUGGAAAGGUACUGGACGUGAUUGUGCGCCCACCCACCCAGACGGGCGGCGACGACAUAGGCAAGUGCCAGGCGGGCGCCAGAAAAGCGUUGAGGGCCAUCACCGGCUACCGGGUGCUGGCCCAGUCCUCAACUGGCGCCAACUUCACCACAACCUCCCCGGGCUCUCCCAGCAGCCUGAUCCCCGGCACGAGGGUGAUCGAGAUUGCGCCAGACGUGUAUCAGUGCGGUGUGCCAUAUGCCGUUUCGGUGUGGUCUAUCAACGACGCCGGGCAGUCGGCAGAGCCUAUCGAGUAUGGCAACGGCAGCAACACCUUUACGCCAGCCUGCUGA